AUGGAUAUAAUCAGUUGCUAUCACAUUACCAGCUUGAUGGAUGAUGCGCCUACAGCGGAUAGCGUUCGUGUCGUUGAAGCGCUGGAAGGCACGAAGAAGAGUACAAUCGGAGUAAAAGGCCUUCGUGCUACAUCAGCUGUGACAAUUGCCUUGGCGGAAGUAGCAAACUAUCCGUCGCGUGGUGUUUCUUACCACCCAAGGCCCUUACCAAACUCUUUGAGAGGCAAGAAGGUUGACAGAGUAUCCGAUUUCGGGUCAUUCGACCAUGAGCCCAAUUCUUAUAGUCCACCUUCACCAGAUGGAUACGAUAUAUACAUAAAAAUUUAA